GGUGCGUGGCUUCUCACCACUCUCCACCGAGUAUCAGCACACCACCAUGACCGCCUUCAUCUCCCGCUCAUCCGCCAGGUCAGUCCGGACCGGUUCCGCCAUGGGCGGCGGCUCCUCUAUGGGCGGCGGCCGCAUCAUGUCCAUGAGGGCCGGCAGCGUUUACGGCGGUGCGGGCGGUUCCGACGUGCGCAUCUCGUCAGGCGGCAUGGGCAUGGGCAUGGGCAUGGGCAUGGGAACGGGAGGCGGCUACUCCUCAGUCGCCAUGAGCGACACCGAAGCUCUGAUGGGCAACGAGAAGUUCACCAUGCAGAACCUCAACGACCGGCUGUCCAGCUAUCUGGACAAGGUUCGCUCCCUGGAGAAGGCCAACGCCGAGCUGGAGAUGAAGAUCCGUCAGUUCCUGGACAGCCGAAUCGGCCCGGCCAGCCGCGACUACACUGCCUACUUUGCCACCAUCGCCGACCUCAACGACAAGAUCCAAAACGCCACCCGGAUGAACGGCGCGGUCCACCUGAGCAUCGACAACGCCAGGCUGGCGGCGGAAGACUUCAAAACCAAGUUCGACAACGAGCUGGCCAUGCGCCUGUCGGUGGAGGCCGACAUCGCCGGAUUGCGUCGCGUUUUGGACGAGCUCACGCUGGCCAGGUCGGACCUGGAGAUGCACAUCGAAGGCCUGAAGGAGGAGCUCGUCUUCCUCAAGAAGAACCACCAGGAGGAGCUGUUGGCACUGCGCGCUCAGAUGAGCGGUCAGGUGAACGUGGAAGUGGACGCGGCUCCUGGUCAGGACAUGGCAGCCAUCAUGGCUGAAAUUCGAGAACAUUAUGAGGCCAUCACAGCCAAGAACCACAGAGACAUGGAGGCUUGGUUCAACGCCAAGACAGACGCUCUCAACAAAGAAGUGCAGACACAGACGGUUACCUUGCAGACGUCCAGGUCAGAGGUCACUGAAGUCCAACGCACGCUGCAGGCCCUCCAGAUCGAACUGCAGUCCUUGUUGGGCCUGAAAGCGUCGCUGGAGGGAACGCUGGCCGAGACGAAGAACCGCUACUCCAUGAUACUGUCGAACUUCCAGACGCAGGUGUCCUCGCUGGAGGAGCAGCUGAUCCAGCUGCGAGGUGACUUGGAGCGGCAAAGUCAGGAAUACCAAAUGCUGCUGGACAUCAAGCAGCGGCUGGAGAUGGAGAUCGCAGAGUACCGCCGCCUGUUGGAGGGAGAGACCGUCAGCAGCGUUUCUGCCAACUCGACAAGCACGUCCGGUAGCAAGCGCGUGGUGACGGUGGUCGAGGAGGUGGUCGACGGCAGGGUGGUGUCCUCGUCCUCCAAGACCUCAUCCUACAUAUCUCGCUGACAUCAACGGCGCAAGGAACAAGCGCAACAAUAAAAGAGCCUUAAUGAUCA